AUGGCUAGAAAGAGAUCUGCUAUAGAUUUCCAGUUCGGUGAAUGUAUUGGGGAAGGUUCCUACUCUAAGGUGUAUAGAGGUGUUUCUAUACACAACCACCGAACGUAUGCAAUCAAGAUCCUUUCGAAGUCCCAUAUACAGAGAGAGAACAAACGCAAGUACGUGAACAUAGAGAAGGACACGCUCAACAUUGUGGGCAAGCAUCCAGGGAUAGUGACCUUAUAUUACACUUUCCAGGACGAAAAAUCGCUUUAUUUUGUUAUUGAUUUUGCCAAGAACGGCGAGCUGCUGUCACUGAUUCGCAAAAUGGGAUCUCUGAGUGAAACAUUAAGCAAGUACUAUUUUGUGCAAUUGAUUGAUGCUGUUGAGUUCAUACACUCAAAAGGAAUCAUCCAUAGAGACCUGAAACCAGAAAAUGUUUUGCUUAACCACGAGUGGAAACUAAUGAUUACAGAUUUUGGGGCGGCCAAGAUCUUAUCGCAGGAGGAGAUGGCCAAUGGCCACUCGACGCAGCCCAUAGAUGAAAUAGGGCGGGAAAUGAGCAACCAAUCGAACAGCGGCUCGUUUGUAGGAACGGCUGAAUACGUUUCUCCUGAGCUACUGAAGUACAACAUUUGCGGGUUCGAAUGUGACUUGUGGGCCUUGGGCUGCAUUCUCUAUCAAUUUAUUGUCGGAAAACCUCCAUUCAAAGGCCCAACAGAGUAUUUGACGUUUGAGAAAAUCAUAUCUCUAGAUUAUAGCUUCCCUCAAAACUACUUUGUUCCACCAGAAAUCGAGCAAGUAGUCAGAAGCUUACUAGUAGUGGAGCCAGAAAAGAGGUGUGGCAUUGAAGAUCUCAAAAAGCAGCCCUGGUUGAAAAACAUAGAUUGGAAUAACAAAGAUCUCAUCUGGAGAACUAAGGUGCCAAAACUGGAAGCAUAUAAUCCGCGUCUGCAUUCACUUCAAUCAAGACAGACAUCCUCAUCGAAUUCUAGUUUUAACUUCUAUACUCCUCCUGAUGGCAAACUUGCUAGCAAGACACAUUCUGUGUCACAAAAUGCUCUCAAACGACAGAUAAUGAACGCACAAAAUAAUCCACAAUUGAUGAACAAAGUUUUAUCUCAUCAACUUGCCGAAAAGGACUCAGAAGUCAAAAAUCGGUUGUUAGCCAAUCAAGUGGCCCCCGUCGCAACCAACACCAAUGUCUCAAACUCACCAAUGUCCAGUGAGCUUCGAAACAAGAACAACAUUGUUGAAAGAAGGAAUAGCUUGCAAAUCGUCAAUGGGGAUUGUUCUUCUAUCACCCCUCCAGCUUCUGAAUCUCCCUCGCCCGCCGAAACAUCUUUGAGAACCACUUUGCGUAUGGUUAGUCCUACCCACAGUCAAGAAAAGAAAUUAUCCGUCAAAACACCUCCCCUGUCAACCGACACGGAGUCGCAUGCGUCAAAUUUCUCCCCUUUGCAAACAUCCGUGAAGCGCAUUUCGUCGGACUCUCUCUCGAGAAUAUCUUCAAGUUCAAUCCUAGUUAAUAGAGGUGACGAAUCGGAAAGAAAGCCGCUUAUGCGUGCUCCUUCCAUUAACGAGCUUUUAGGGAUCCCGCCACCAAGCUCACAGGCCGUGAGUGCAGCGGGUGCAAUAGGAAAUAUGAUGUCACAUAAGAGGGCGCUGCAAGGCUCUCAAAACGUCUUGAGCUCUCAAUACCAACAACAGCAACAACAACAAAUGAUUAAUCCUAUUUUACUGGAUAAACGGAUCCCCAAGAGCAUCACGAAUAAGCUGAUGGCAAAUGAAUACAUCCUCAAGCUUGACAACAUCCUCAAAUCAGAGCUGACGCAUAAGCCAAAUCAGUUUGUUCCACAUGGUCAUACUUUGGAUGACAACAUCUUGAGUAAGGUGAUCACAGAAAACUACCAAAGCUUGAACCGAGACCUCAAAAGUUGCAUUCUCAUCAUCACCUCGAUGGCUCGGUUACUAAUCUAUGAAAUCAAUUCGGACUUCAAACUGCAGAAUCCUCAGUCGUCCACCCAAUUGCAGGCAAUGGAUUUCUACUCGAAGAUAGUUGAGGUCAAGCUAACGAACCGCAACGUUUCGCUGUAUGACUACGAAUUUGAUGAAGAAAUGAAAGAAGGGUACCUUAUCUUGGAAUUGAUGAAUAUGAACAAGCUAAUAUUUCUGAGUGCCUAUGAUUCGAAAACAUUAGUAAGAGGGGGAAUCAAUUCAAGUGUGAGAGUGGGCUUCAAAGUGAAUGAAUCGGUUUCGUGGAUUGAUUCGCUUUUGAAAGCCCGUGAACUUUUGCGGCAAAGUAAGGAAGCAGGCUCUGACCCUGCAACGAGAGUCCCGCCAAACACUGUUCCAAAGAGACCCAGCAGGCCCGGCUCUGCAUCUAAAUUGGUGAGAAGAAGCUCCUCUCAAAAUGGAACGGUCGGCUCUGUUAGCAGCGGUGUUAGACAAAUGGACUUAUCAGAUAAGUCCAGUGCAGCAGCGGCUGCCGCCAUGGCCAUUGGCAAAAAUGCAAAUUGA